AUGGCUUCGACGACUUGUUUGGAGAAGGAGCGAGAGCUAAAGGUACUCUCAAAGGAAAUACGUACUUGGUACGGCGUGCUCCAGUUUAUACCGACUAGUAUCAUCAUAUGGAUCGCCACCGUAGCUAGCCUUGCUACUGGUACCUAUUGCAAACAGUCCAACAGCGUGCACUUCGCGCACCUCUGGCUCACACUACUUGUCGGCUAUACCACUACGGUCGCCAUCAUCAACUCGGUCAGGUUUUAUAAGAUCAACAAGAAAUUGUUACAGAAGCAUCGAAUUCUAUUCAAGCUUCUCACGUUCAAGGGUAUCCUUGGUCUCAACUUCCUUCAGUCAUUCAUCAUUUCCCUGCUCGCAGGUCACGGGAAGCUCAUUCCUACAAAGUACAUGACAUUCCACGAUAUCAAUACUGGCCUGGCUUCGCUCAUCCUCGCUUGCGAAAUGCCCAUUUUCGCAGUGCUUCUUCUCUUUGCCUUCCCACCGUUGCCAUACAAGCAACAGGGCAGCCCUGCUGCUGGGCCACUGAAUGCCAUCUUCGAUGCUUUCAACAUCUCUGAUUUGUUGUCGGCCUUCUAUCGGGGACCCAUGAGACUAGUGAGGGACCAACAAAGACAGAUCAUGCGUCAGGAUAGUAUAAGGAUUGCUAUGGUCUCGCCUGGUGGUCACGAAGAGAGGGAAGGCCGAUCUGCUGUCCCAGCUGCCUAA